AUGGCAGACCCUCAGCCUCCAACUCUUUUCGGAGGCGGUGCGGCCGCUGCACGAGCCGUGAAUCAGCGACUCGAUGAGUGCAUAUCGGACGAAGAUUCACGGGACCGCGAGAUCUCGGAGGACGCCGUGACGCCCGCCGCUGAGGAGGAAAUUCGACACAAAGAAAUCACCGAGCUUGCCCGGACCUUUUCCCACAUCUCGAAUCAGGACAGUACCGCCACGGGCAAUGGCCUCAGUGACGCGAUCAACACUUUCCUCGACCCUACGAGUGAUCCCACGUUAGACCCGAAUUCAGAUCAAUUUAGUUCCUACAAAUGGGUUCGCAAUAUGCUGCAGAUGACCUGUGACUCAGAUCGAUACCCGCGUCGUACAGCAGGUGUCUCGUUCCGCAAUCUCAAUGUCUUUGGAUAUGGGUCUGGUGCGGACUAUCAAAUGAACUUUGCCAAUGCCUGGUUGAAAAUGUUCAAUUGGGGAAAGAGCCAGCUUGGGUUGGGCAAGAAGGUUCGCAUUGAUAUCCUGCGGGACUUUGAAGGUAUGAUCAGUACAGGCGAAAUGCUGGUUGUAUUGGGGCGCCCAGGCAGUGGAUGUACCACGUUGCUGAAAACAAUUGCCGGUGAAACCCAUGGUCUCUAUUUGGAUGACGGGGCCGAUGUGCAAUAUCAAGGUAUCUCGUGGGAAGAGAUGCAUUCCCGAUUCCGGGGCGAGGUAAUCUAUCAAGCCGAAACGGAAAUCCACUUCCCCCAGCUGAGCGCCGGUGAUACGCUUCUUUUUGCCGCGCAUGCGCGCACACCGACGAAUCGGCCACCGAGUGUAACCCGUGACCAGUAUGCAAUGCAUAAGCGUGAUGUGGUGAUGGCCAUGCUGGGACUGUCACACACGAUGAACACCAAAGUUGGCAACGAGUAUAUCCGUGGCGUUUCGGGUGGCGAGCGCAAACGAGUCAGUAUCGCCGAGACCACGCUAUGCGGCAGUCCUCUUCAAUGCUGGGAUAACAGCACACGUGGCUUGGAUAGCUCGACGGCGUUGGAAUUCGUGAAGAAUAUUCGUCUCUCGACCCAAUAUAGUGGAGCCACGGCCGUUGUCGCCAUCUACCAAGCCAGUCAAUCGAUCUACGACAUUUUCGACAAAGCUGUUGUCCUCUACGAGGGUCGUCAAAUUUACUUCGGCAAUGCAAAGACUGCUCGUCGCUUCUUCAUCGAUAUGGGCUUUGAAUGCCCUGAUCGACAAACUGAUGCCGAUUUCCUGACAUCCCUUACCAGUCCUUCCGAACGCCUCGUUCGCCCCGGCUUCGAAAAUGUUGUACCGCGCACCCCUGACGAAUUCGCUAAGCGGUGGAAGGAGAGUGAUGAACGGAAGCAUCUGCUGCAAGAGAUUCAAGCCCAUAACGAUCAGCACCCAUUGGGCGGAGACCAGCUGGAUGCCUUCAAUCGAUCACGUGCAGCCGAAAAAUCCAAGGCAAACAAGGCAUCAUCCCCAUACACGAUCUCCUACCCAAUGCAGGCUCGGCUCUGUCUUUGGCGGGGCUUCCUGCGCUUGAAGGGAGAUAUGAGUAUGACAAUAGCAUCCGUGAUCGGUAACAGUGUCAUGGGUGUUAUCAUCUCGACUGUUUUCCUCAACUUGCCUGACGAUACCGGUAGCUUCUUUCAGCGCGGAGCUCUCCUUUUCUUCGCCAUUCUACUCAAUGCAUUUGCCUCCUCCCUGGAGAUUCUCACCCUUUGGCAACAACGACCGAUUGUGGAGAAGCAUUACAAGUAUGCACUCUAUCAUCCGUCUGCAGAAGCGAUUGGGUCCUAUAUCGUCGAACUUCCGUCAAAGGUAUUGGUCGCGAUUACGUUCAACAUAAUUAUCUACUUUGUGCCGCAUCUUCGCCGAACUCCAGGGCAUUUCUUCGUCUUCUUUUUGUUCUCAUUUUCCACAACAUUGGUCAUGUCCAACAUCUUCCGUUCUAUUGGAGCCAUCUCCCGCUCUAUGGCUCAGGCCAUGGUACCGGCUUCGAUUUUCAUGAUGAUUCUGGUCAUUUACACUGGAUUCACAAUCCCUGUCAGAGACAUGCACCCUUGGUUCCGGUGGCUGAACUAUUUGAAUCCAAUCGCGUACGCUUUCGAGGCUCUCAUGAUCAACGAGUUCAGUAAUCGUCAUUUUAAUUGCUCUGAAUACAUACCUCGUGGCCCAUUAUACCUUAAUGCGCCACUGAGCUCUAGGAUCUGUACGCAAAAGGGCGCCGUGGCAGGCGACGACUUCAUCGAUGGCGACGCCUACAUCAACACGACAUUCAACUACUACGCAGAGCAUUUGUGGCGGAACUUUGGUAUCCUCGUUGGCUUCUUUGUUGGGUUCUUGAUCAUUUACGUCGCAUCGAGCGAAUUCAUUCGGGCCAUGCCAUCUAAGGGUGAAGUUUUGGUCUUCCCCCGAGGCAAAAUCCCUGCGUUUGCUAAGAAGGCUCGCAAGGAUGACUCUGAAAGCGCAACCGCUUCUGAGAAACACGAAAUAGUCGACAAGGGUCAGGAUGAAGCAGCUGCUAUUGUGAAACAAACGGCGAUCUUUCAUUGGGAGGAAGUUUGCUACGAUAUCAAAAUCAAGAAUGAGAACCGUCGUAUCCUCGAUCGCGUGGAUGGAUGGGUCAAGCCCGGCACUUUAACAGCCCUGAUGGGUGUCACCGGUGCGGGUAAGACUUCUUUACUUGACGUCUUGGCCGAUCGAGUCACUAUGGGAGUCAUCACCGGCGACAUGCUUGUGGAUGGCCGCCCACGGGAUGGAUCGUUUCAGCGCAAAACCGGCUACGUACAGCAGCAAGACUUGCAUCUGGAAACCAGCACUGUUCGCGAGGCUCUAGUCUUCAGUGCCGUUCUUCGGCAACCGAGCGGCACCCCGUACAAGGAAAAAAUCGCAUAUGUGGAAGAAGUCAUCAAGAUGCUUGGAAUGGAAGAGUACGCCGAAGCUAUCGUGGGUGUCCUCGGCGAGGGCCUCAAUGUGGAACAACGCAAACGCCUGACCAUUGGCGUGGAAAUUGCUGCGAAACCGGACCUGCUUCUCUUCUUCGACGAGCCUACCUCUGGCCUUGAUAGCCAAACGGCUUGGUCCAUAUGCAGUCUGAUGCGCAAGCUUGCCGACCACGGUCAGGCGGUUCUGUGCACCAUUCAUCAGCCCUCGGCCAUGCUCAUGUCCCAAUUUGAUCGACUCCUAUUUCUAGCGAAGGGCGGGCGUACUGUUUACUUUGGGGAAUUAGGCCCGCGCAUGCGAACCUUGAUUGAUUAUUUCGAGAACAAAGGCUCGAUUCAAUGUCCUAAGAAUGCCAACCCGGCUGAAUGGAUGCUCGAGGUUAUUGGUGCUGCGCCAGGCUCGCAUGCCGAUCGCGACUGGGCGGAAGUUUGGCUGGACAGCCCUGAACGAGCUCAAGUGAAGAAGGAGCUGGCUGCCAUGAAAGCCGAGUUGCGAGAGAGGCCCGUUCCUCCUCCAACGGCUGGAUACGGAGAGUUUGCGACUCCAAUCUGGUACCAGUUCCUCAUCUGUAUCCGACGAAUGUUCCAGCAGUACUAUCGCAGUCCAGGGUAUCUGUACUCGAAGACGGCUAUGUGUGUGUUUCCGCCCAUCUUCAUUGGUUUUACAUUCUGGCGUAUGCCCAACAGUCAACAGGGCCUGCAAAAUCAGAUGUUUGCCAUAUUCAUGCUCUUGGUGAUUUUCCCGAACUUGGUCCAGCAGAUGAUGCCCAGUUUCUGCACGCAGCGUGCGCUGUACGAGGUGCGCGAGCGCCCGUCCAAAGCGUACUCGUGGAAGGCAUUCAUGCUGGCAAGUAUUUUUGUCGAGCUGCCGUGGAACAUCGUCAUGGCGCUGCCCGUGUACUUCUCGUGGUACUAUCCGAUCGGACUGUACCGCAACGCUCCGGCGGGCGCGGAGGUGGAGCGAGGCGGCACGAUGUUCUUGCUGAUCUUGAUCUUCCUGAUGUUCACCUCGACCUUUAGCUCCAUGAUCAUCGCCGGCAUCGAGCAGCCGGAAACGGGCAGUAACAUUGCGCAGCUGAUGUUCUCGCUGUGCCUAGUGUUUAAUGGUGUUUUGGCGAGCCCGGCGCAGCUGGGCAAGUUUUGGAUCUUCAUGUACCGAGUCUCGCCCUUCACGUAUCUCGUCUCCGCCGUCUUGUCGACGGGCCUGUCCGGGAGCACGGCCGUGUGCUCGGAUAUCGAACUGUUGAAACUUGAUCCUCCCAGUGGCCAGAGCUGCGGAAGCUAUCUGAACCAGUAUGCAGAGGCCUACGGAGCCCAUCUGCAGAACCCGACUGCCACCGAAGGCUGCGAGAUCUGCUCCAUUCAGACCACUGAUCAAUUCUUGGAGGCAUUGAGCAUCUAUUUCGACGAUCACUGGCGCAACGUUGGCCUGCUGUUUGUGUAUAUCGUGGUCAACAUCUUUGGGGCCCUUCUCCUCUACUGGCUGAUCCGGGUCCCCAAAAAAUGGUCCCGCAAAGUGAAGGAGCAGUGA